AUGAAGCACAUAGCAUGGAUAAGAAGAAUAAGAAGCAAGGGAGUGAAAGCGGGACGUUUGAGGACACCAUCAGACAUCAUACAUGAUUCUUGUUCGUUAGGGGCACAAAAAGCAAGCCGUUGGGUGAUGCUGAAACAAAAGAGGGAAACUCAUAUGAGUUUUGUGUAUCAACAAUCAACUGUAGUUGAAUAUUGGAAGGAAACAAAACAUAAACCGCCAUAA